AUGGAGGGCGCUGCUGUGCACGAGGACUCCAUAGUAUCGCUGGGCGACGUAACAUUUCACACCGCGUCGAUCCCAGCAGUGGACACCAACCUCUACAGUCUGUCUUCCGAAGAAGCUGCAUUCUUCAAGGCGCAAACCGGUAUCGAUGACGAUGAAGACUUGAAAAGACAUAUUCUGGAAGUUCAAGCGAAAGCGUACGAGCUCGCAACAUAUCCUUGUAUUCAUGGAUUUGUCUUUCUUCGUUUGGAAUUAUCGCGUUUCGCUGUGUAUGAACAUAUCCUCAAGCUUGGUCGCGAGCGCCCUGACGCCAUAUUACUCGACAUUGGUUGUUGUUUCGGUGUCGACGCCAGAAAGGCUGCGAUGGACGGUUUUCCUGCGAAAAACAUCAUUGCAUCUGAUAUCAACAACGGGUUCCUCGAGCUAAGCCACGAACUUUUCAGAACGACACCAGCUUCUUACCCCGGGAGCUUCCUUCCUGGAGAUGUCUUCGAUCCAGCAUUUCUCUGCAUAGCUGAGCGGUCGGAUGAUGUCUCUUCCGCCCCGGCUAUCGAUUUGUCCUCGUUGAAAUCCCUCAACCCCCUUCAUGGGCGCAUUAGCGCAAUAAAUGCUGCCAAGUUCUUCCAUCUAUUCAGCGAGGAGAAACAAUUGCACCUUGCAAGGGCACUGGCGGGUCUUUUAUCUGCGCAGCCAGGUUCCGUUAUUUGCGGUGAACAGGUCGGAACUCUCGAAACAGGCAUCGUAACUCCCAAGAUAUCGGGGUCUGUGCAUCAGUUAUUCGCACAUUCUCCCCAGACUUGGUCCUCUUUGUGGGAUGGAGAGGUGUUCGAGAAGGGCAGUGUUAAGGUAGAAACGGAGUUAGUUGAAGUUGCGAUUCACGGGAUGCAAUUCUUCGUGAUGACAUGGUCAGUGAUGAGAUUGUAG